UCCCCCACGUUUAAAAAUAGCAUAAUAGUACCUCAACGUUUAUCUCCGUUAGCAGUUUUGGUCCCCCGGCUCCUUUCCGUUAAAAACUUAACGUUUUUGUGUGACAUGGCUUUUUUUUUCCUGAUGUGGCACUCAGACUAGGAGAGAGAAAGGUUUUGGGGGGAAAUCACAUGCCCCUCACGUGAGAAUCACCUUCUCUUUUAUCAUCUUCUUCCCUAAAUCUGAAAAUCACUAACCCUAAUUCCUCUUCUUCUCCCUCAAAUCCUAAAAUCACCAAAACUAAUUCCUCUUCUUCUCCCUCAAAACCCAAAAUCGCGAGCCCUAAUUCCUCUUCUUCUCCCUCAAAACCCAAAAUCGCGAGCCCUAAUUCCUCUUCUUCUCCCCCAAAUCCCAAUAUCGCGAGCUCUAACCAUGGGAGGAUCUUCAGCCACACCUAAUUGGAGGGAUUUAGAAGCUGAUUCGAGUCGCAGGGUACCUGAAUCGCACAGAAGAAACGAUGGUUCUCAUGGGUUGUCUGGCUCUCGCGAUGUUUCGACUGGUUCUGAGAUGAGGCGACGAGUAGUGCUGUGUGAAUGUGGGGUUGAAAGUCCAUUGGUGACAACAUGGACUGGGGUGAAUCGUGGAAGGAGGUUUUAUGGUUGUGGGCUGUUUGAGGUGCAUCGUAAGAAGGUAUGCAACUUCUUCCAAUGGCAUGAUGCUGAUGACAAUUGUAAUGCUAGGGAGAAGAAGUUGAUUGUUGUCUUAACCAAGAAGAAUGAAGACCUGAAGAAGAAAGAGAGGAUCCUACUUGCCUUUUUGUUCAUGUCAAUAAUUGUGAUCCUUGUGUUGUUGGUAGCUUAUGUAAGGAAGUAGGAAUACUAGUUGGGGUAGUAGGAAUGUAAGGAAGUAGGAAUGUAUUUUGUAAGGAAGUAGGAAUGUACUUCCAUUAAGAUGGGAAAAAAAUCCUUUGAGAAAGUGAAUGCACUUAUGUACUUCCAUUAGGAUCCUUUGAUGCAAGAAAUGAAAUUUGCCAAUUGUGUUUCCAUUGAGUUGAAUUUUAUGCAAUUCUGUUUGAGGUUAUAUGUAUCUUAAAUUUGAUGCAAUUUUUUUCAUGGCAGCUUGGAUUGAAUUCACUUGAAUGUGUGAAUGUAUAAAAUGCAUGAAUUGAUCCUGUGAAUGAGUGAAUGUAUAAAAUGCAUGAAUUCAAUAAGAAUGGACUCAUAAUAGGCAUUGACAUAAUAUGCAUGUAUUCCUAAUAGGAAGGAACAUAGUUGUUACUUCAACAGAGUCUCAUAAAUAAGAAGGAAUAGCCAUAGUUGUUACAUCAGCAAAAUCCACCAUCCAAAAAACCUACAUAACCAUCCAAAACAUACUUGGUCCAU